ACCCCCAUCUAUGGGCCUCCACCAUCAUCUAUGGGUGCGCCUCCAUCAAUGGGUCCUCCACCCACUUCAAUGGGUGCUCCACCUAUGGGCUAUCAGCAACCUCCCAGAAUGCCAAACCAAUCCCAACACAAUGCUAUGCAAGGGACCAUGCCCCGGUAUCCUAACCAGCCACAACCAACACAGAAAUAUCCCCCUCCCCCCAGGCCAGGAGCACCACCUGGUGUGAACCAGUUAUCACAGCAGCUGGGUGGUCUGUCAGUAACACGAGAAGGCUGGAACAAAGGCUGGGGGACACAGCAGUUGGACCUUCUGCAGCAACGACAGAUCCUACCCCCGGAGGGCGUGGUGCCUCCAAAGCCAGUAUUGGUUCAAGAGUAUUUGCCUAAUUGUUCACCAGACAUCUUCCGGUGUACGCUAACAAAGGUUCCAGAGACGAAGUCAGUGCUGCAAAAGUCACGGCUACCCUUUGGGAUACUCAUUCAUCCGUUCAAGGACUUAGAGCAUCUGCCUGUUGUAAGCUGUAACACAAUAGUGCGGUGUAGAUCAUGUCGCACGUACAUUAAUCCCUUUGUUGUGUAAAGGGGACGAAGAUGGGAGUGCAACCUUUGUUUUAGGGUUAAUGAUCUACCAGAGGAAUUCCAGUAUGACCCAGUCAGCAGGACAUAUGGAGACCCAUCAAGACGGCCAGAGGUUAAGGAGGCCACGAUAGAGUUCAUUGCCCCACAGGAGUACAUGCUGCGACCGCCACAGCCAGCCACUUACCUCUGGGUGUUGGACGUGUCUCGACAAGCUGUUGACACUGGUUAUCUUAAGAUUGUAUGCGACACCUUGCUUGCACAGCUGGACAAGAUCCCUGGGGACAGGCGAACCAUGAUCGGCUUUAUCACCUUCUCCAACAAUGUCCAGUUUUAUCUGAUGGGUGAAGACCAAAAGAGUGUACAGAUCCUAGAGGUUGGGGAGGUGUCUGAUAUGUUUGUGCAACCUGAAGACCUUCUUGUCAACCUGGAGCAAAGCCGCACAUUAAUAGAGGAAUUGUUAUCAAAGCUGCCCGAGUCGCAGGGUGGGACCGUCCAGACACAAUCGGCACUUGGCCCAGCCCUUCAAGCAGCUUACAAACUAAUGAGCCCCAUAGGUGGUCGCAUCACAGUUAUGACGACAACACUACCCUCAGUUGGCCCAGGUGCACUUCAGUCACGAGAAGACCCCAACCAGAGGGCAGGGAGUGAUGUCCAGAACAUGGGGCCAGCAACUGACUUCUACAAAAAGCUUUCCCUUGACUGCUCUGGCCAACAGAUUGCAGUGGAUCUGUUUGCCCUGAAUUCACAGUACGUUGACAUGGCUACGUUAACAGGGAUCAGCAAGUUCUCAGGUGGCUGCAUCCACCACUUCCCUGGAUUCCAUGUGGCCAGGAACCCUCCCUCUGUCGGUCCCUUCACAGCAUGCCUCACACGCUACGUCACCCGCAAGAUUGGCUUUGAGGCUGUUAUGAGAAUCAGAGCGACGCGGGGACUAGCCAUCACAAAUUUCCACGGUAACUUCUUUGUGCGGUCUACGGAUUUGCUUUCCCUGCCCAACAUCAACCCAGAUGCUGGCUUUGGUAUGCAAGUCAACAUCGAAGAGCCACUCCACAACAUCCGUACUGCUUGCUUCCAGGCGGCUCUCCUCUACACAUCUAGUAGAGGUGAGAGACGCAUCCGGGUGCACACGCUGUGCCUGCCAGUCACUCCGAACAUCCAUGAGGUUGUGACAUCAGGUGACCAACAGGCAGUGAUUGGCUUGCUGGCCAAGAUGGCAGUGGAUCGUUCCCUUACUUCUUCCCUCUCAGAUGCCCGUGAUGCCCUGGUCAAUGCUGUUGAUGCCCUCACUGCCUUCAAGAUGGGGCUCUCCAGCCCAGCGCAUGGCCCUGGAAGUUUGCCCAACCUGAGCCUCCUGCCACUCUUCACGUUAGCACUAUUUAAAUCGAUUGCUUUGCGGUCAGGGACAAGCACAAAGCUGGACGAUCGGCUGUAUGAGAUGUGCGAGCUGAAGUCGCUGCCAUUGCGGCACCUCAUGACCAAGUUGUAUCCAGACCUUUAUGCGAUCAUCAUGUCCGAUAAAGGUGCCCUCAACAUUGAUGAUCAGGUGAUACCUCAGCCUGGACGCCUGCACCUAACUGCUGAACGUCUAGAUCGAACCGGAGCCUAUCUGAUGGAUGCAGGAAGCAGCAUUUACAUCUAUGUGCGGUCUAUGGUAUCCUCAGAGUGGGUGGAAGCAACCCUUGGCGUCCCAAGCUAUGCAGCCAUUCCACAGCCACUCUAUGAUGAUGCUCUUCCUGUGCUAGACACUAGCCAGUCGCAUCUCCUCCAUAACUUCAUCUCGCACCUUCAGAGGGGGAAGCCCUACCCUGCACCUGUGUUGAUCCUCAAAGAGGACAACCCAGCGCGUAUGCUCUUCAUCCAGCGGCUCGUUGAUGACCGAUCUGAGGGCUGCCACUCGUAUGUUGAGUUCCUCCAGUAUCUAAAGAAAAAUGUUAAAUAGUCAUUUUCUUUUAUGUUAUUAAAUGUUUAGGAUGUUAAAAUAUAAAAGGAAAGUGCAAUUUUUCUUUGUUUUUUUUCUUUUUUUUAUGUAUAAAGAUGUUUUGCGGAAUGUAGAAAUGAAGUAUAUAUAUAUAUAUGUGAUUGAUAACCAUAUUGGAUUGGUUGGAUAGGGGUGAACGAGGAGGAGAAGAAAGACCAAACAGGUAGAUAGAUACAAGGUGAUUGAAAAACAGUGAAAAGAUAGAUUGUAUUAAUGAUAGACAGGGGAGGAAAAGGGAGGAAACUCAUUUUAAAAACACAUUUGUGAUGAAUGGAUUAGUGUGUUUCUAAGAGGCAUCGUCGAUGUCUUUGUGUUGGUCCCUCAGGGUUCGUUAAUUCCGUUGGAGAAGUGCCCAUAUCACCAUCAUCAAGGCUUGCAGACCACUUGAGCAUAAGACUUAGAUUUCUGUAUUAGGUUUGGAGUCAUCAAGGAGCCUUAGUCAUUUAGGGUCUCGAUCUUCCUCGAAAGAUCACUUUUGUUUUUUAAAAAAGGAAAAUUUUCAUGUACUGUCCAAUUUAAGUAGCUUUUUGUAUGGAUUUAAUAAUAGUUGUGUUUUUGCAUAUUUUAUAUCAUGUAGGGUGACAGUUCUUAAGAGAAUAUGAAUGAGGUAAAAUAAAAGUUUUGCUGAAUGAAUCAGUGCAUUUGUGGCAAUAAUUAUGUGACGAGAUUAUCCCAGGCAAGGUUUCCUUCCGUGACCUGAGAAAUCAUUGUCGGGGAGGUCAGGUGUUCGAACCAGAUAUGGGGUGUGUUAUGCCCUCUAGCAGUGCUGGAAGGGUUUUGAAAAACAAAAAAUAAAAAAAGGUAAAAUAAAAAGAGAGGAAAAAAAGAUAAUGAAAAUGACUGUCCAACUAGUCAAGGAAUUUAUUGGUAGAGAAAAUAUUUUAUAGGAAAUUAAUGUUCUCUCUCUCUCUCUCUUACUUUCUUUCUCUUUUUUUUUUUUUUUUUACAUGUUUUCACCUCCAGUAUUUCACACUAUACUUCUAUUUCCUCUAACAAUAUUAAUGAUAACAGCUCCACCCUCUUAUCAUAAUUAUUAUUCAGUUUUUUGUUGUAUAACCUUGUGUUGGAAAUUGCUGCAAAGAUUAAAUGUUACUGAAAUACAAAGUUUGUAAUUUGUUCCUGAAGUUGAAGUACAUUGUAGAUUUCAAGAAUGAAUAUAUGAAAGUUUCCAUUCCAUUUAGUACAGUCUAGGGGGUUUCAGAUCUGUGAAUCUUUUGUUAAUGUUAAGUAUCUUGGUGGUUUUUAAUUGGAAUCUAUUGAAUUUAUUGAUCUGCUGGUCUUCUGUGGAAGCAUUAAGACCAGUGUCUAUGAAAAAGAAAGGACAGUAAGAAUAAUUAGUAAUAUUGAUGAAGAGACAGUAUUUAUUGAAGAAGGUAAUGUUUAACAGUUGAUAGGACAUGAAAAUGAGACCACAAUUAAUAUGUUUAUUUAUUUAUCUUGUCUUGUCAUGUAUGUCCUCAUGUAAUUGACAUGGAAAGAGAGGGGGGAAUAGAAACAGUGAUAAUUAUAGUAGCAAUGAUGAUUCAGAAAUGAACAUGGACAAAUAGUAUCUCUUUUUCUACAGAACAGAAAAAAAUAUAAGUGCCCCCUUGAAUAAUUGCAAUAUAUAUUACAAGAAGGCUUUCGAAAUCUACAAUCGGUCUUUCUCGAAUUUCUGUAAUCAUUGAUUUUGUGUAUCACUGGUACAUGGUAAAAGCAGAAAAAAGGAGGAAAAUUGUUUUCACAGUGCUUGGUCUCUGUCGGUCCAGGAGAUAACGAAGCAACUUAAAAAGUUUCCAAGUCUGGCUUGCAGAUUAUAACUUGAUGUUCAAUGUGGUAGACUGCUGCUUUAGUGUGAAGACAGAAUCAAGAAAAAUAAGCAUAUUGAUGGUAACCAUUUAUCUGUAGACAAGAUCGUCAAAGUCCUAUAUAGUGAUAAGGUAUAUCAGUGGAUUUGUAGGUGCUUAUAGACAUUCUAUAUAUAUGAAAGGAAGAAAAAGAUUCCAGCCUUCCCCCACCCACCCUUUGUUUAUGGGAUCGUUAGCAGAAAAUAUAGAGAUAUUUUGGAAAUGAAAGCAUCAAAGAUCUGUGUCAUUGCCUCUUCAAAAAUAUACAUUUUAUAUUGGACUGUAAGGAAAAAGAAAAAAAAGAUAUAAGCAGCUAUUUCAUUUGCAUGUGAAUUAAUUUGUCAAUUUUACUUGCCUUAAAAUAAAAUGUGGGUAGCAUUACACCUAGUCCAUGAGACCUAUGUACUCUUUAUUAUUAUUAUUAACCUGUGAACCUGUGUAUAUCCAGAAAUAUAUAUUUUAUUUACUCUAUUCCCUUUUUAUAUUUUGAAUUACUAACUAGCAUUGGAAAUUGAUGAUUACAUUGUCCCUGCUCAACUUCAUUAUAUAUCACAGUAACGCCUUGUCUGUCCUUGGUGGGCUUGCAUUGGGCGUAUAUUAACCAUAUAUACUUAGUGUGAAUGCAUUUGUGUGUGUCAACAUGUUGAAGUAGGGUAUGAAUUUUCAUACUGGAAUGAGAUGCUCGUCUUUCAUGUUUUGGGCUUAGAAUGUCACAUUAUCAUUCAUCCAAGUGCACGUACAAGCACACUCUCACACGCACACUCCCACACGCACAUGCCCAAAUACCUACAUGUACUUGCGCGCAAGUACACACACAGACACACAGACACACUCUCACACACACUCACACUCCCACAAAAACAAACAAACACAAACACACACUUUUUUGUUACUAUUUUUAAUUUGUGGGGAAUGUGUGACAUCGUUUACAGAUGUCAGAUCUCCCAAACAGCAGGUAAUAGGAUUAUCUUUUUUUUUUAUAUAUUGGGAGGUACAGGGCAGGUUUAGUCAUUUUUCUUCUUUUGUAAUAAGAGAAGGAAGACGCUCAUAAGAUUAAGGGGAAUGUAAGUGACGUUUAAAGCUUCGAGGGAAACGGAAACAUUUGUCAAGAAAAUAACCAAGAAAGAAAAAAUAAUUUUAGCCAGUUUUUUCUUGAUAAUAUAUAUAUAUUUUUUGUUGUAUGGGUGUAAAAUACAGCUUGUACAUAGACCUAUAGCUUUUCUGUUUCUAUUUGAUAAGUAAUUGGGUUAUAUAUAUGUGAACCAAGUCAAAAUAUACUGAAAUCCUUUGCUUAAAUGAAUGAAUUAUAGUUUUAUCAAGCUGUGCUCAUUUUGUUAGUUAUCAAUGGAUGCAACAUUUACCUGUUUUUUGUCCCAGUCAGCUGUUGCCCAAGUUGCCAGAUGUACAUUUUCAAACUUGUGAUUUAAAUCUGUAAUUAAGGAAAUGAUUGCACAAUAAAAUGUUAUAUAAAUAC